AUUGGUGUCACAUUGUAAAUAUCUCUAUUUUAAGCAAUUAAAUCGUUUUGUGUAUCCCGAGUCCUUUAAAACCCAGCAUCAUCUAGUGAAUUUUUGACGUAAAAUGGUAACGUUAGCGUCAAGGCUAACGCAGGAAUUUCGACGGUUAAAGAUAUUGAGGCCCAGAUCCUGGAGAUCCAGGGAAUGAAGGCCGCUCUUGUGGAGGAAGGAGAGCAGAAGGGAGUCGGCCUUGUUUCAACUGGGUUUUAUGACCAGGAGAUCUAUGGAGGAAGUGACAGCCGUUUUGCCGGCUAUGUUACUUCCAUCGCUGCCAACGAACAGGAAGACGACGAUGAAGAGGAUACAGCGACGAGUUUGUUGGGACAGAAAAAGCAGGGGUACCAUGCUCCAGUGGCCAUUCUCAAUGCCAUUCCGCAGUCAGAUGAACAAUAUGAUCCUUUUAUGGAGCAUCGUCCACAGAAGAUCGCAGAGCGGGAGGACGAGUACAAAGCUCGGCGCAUGCAAAUGAUCAUCUCCCCAGAGCGCCUCGACCCCUUUGCAGAUGGAGGCAAAACACCGGACCCCAAGCUGCAAGUCAGGUCUUACAUGGACGUCAUGAGAGAGCAGAACCUGUCCAAGGAAGAGAGAGAGAUUCGUCUGCAGCUCGCAGAAAAGGCCAAGUCAGGCGACCUGAAAGCUGUCAAUGGCUCUGCUGCUAGCCAAGCUGCUGCUGCAGCUGCCGCUGCUGCUGCCAAACGCAAGCGCCGUUGGGAUCAGACAGCUGACCAAACUCCUACCAAUUCUACCCCCAAAAAGAUGUCCAGCUGGGACCAGGCUGAUGCGUCCGCUGAGACCCCAGGACACACGCCAGCCCACACACCCUCAAACAGCCGGUGGGAUGAAACCCCUGGACGGCCAAAAGGCAGCGAGACCCCUGGUGCCACACCUAGCUCACGCAUGUGGGACCCCACACCCAGCCACACACCGGCUGGCGCGGCUACGCCAGGCAGGGACACACCAGGUCACGCCACACCCGGCCAUGGUGGAGCCACGGGAAGCGUACGGAAGAACCGCUGGGAUGAAACACCAAAGACUGAAAGGGAGACUCCAGGACACGGCAGUGGCUGGGCUGAAACCCCACGUACAGACAGGGGGGAUGAGUCCGUGGGGGAGACUCCCACUCCAGGAGCCAGCAAGAGGAAAUCUCGCUGGGAUGAAACACCUGCAAGCCAAAUGGGCUCUUCAACACCACUCUUGACCCCUGGGAAGACCCCAAUUGGCACCCCCGCCAUGAACAUGGCCACCCCAACACCCAGUCACCUUAUGAGCAUGACUCCAGAGCAGCUGCAGGCCUGGAGGUGGGAGCGAGAGAUCGACGAGAGGAACCGGCCUCUCACAGAUGAUGAGCUUGACGCAAUGUUUCCGGAAGGAUACAAGGUGUUGCCUCCACCAGCUGGCUACGUGCCUAUUCGAACACCAGCCCGUAAGCUCUCAGCAACACCUACUCCCAUUGGCGGCAUGACUGGCUUCCACAUGCAAGUGGAGGAUCGCACCACCAAACAGAUGAAUGACCAACCGUCUGGAAACCUCCCCUUCCUCAAACCUGAUGACAUCCAGUAUUUUGACAAACUGCUGGUUGAGGUGGAUGAGUCCACUUUGAGCCCAGAAGAACAGAAAGAAAGAAAGAUAAUGAAGCUGCUGUUGAAGAUUAAAAAUGGAACUCCACCCAUGAGGAAGGCGGCCUUGCGUCAGAUCACAGACAAAGCUCGUGAGUUUGGAGCAGGACCCUUGUUCAACCAGAUCCUACCACUGCUCAUGUCCCCCACCCUGGAGGACCAAGAACGCCACCUGCUGGUGAAAGUAAUUGACCGUAUCCUCUACAAACUGGAUGACCUUGUUCGACCCUAUGUGCACAAGAUACUUGUGGUGAUCGAGCCCCUGCUAAUUGAUGAAGAUUACUAUGCCAGAGUUGAAGGCAGAGAAAUAAUUUCCAACUUGGCGAAGGCAGCUGGCUUGGCAACCAUGAUCUCCACCAUGCGUCCCGACAUCGACAAUAUGGAUGAGUAUGUGAGAAACACCACUGCCAGGGCCUUUGCUGUGGUUGCAUCCGCCCUUGGCAUCCCCUCCCUGCUGCCCUUCCUCAAAGCUGUGUGUAAAAGCAAGAAGUCGUGGCAAGCCCGCCACACGGGUAUCAAGAUUGUACAGCAGAUUGCCAUCCUCAUGGGCUGCGCUAUCCUGCCUCACCUGCGCAGCUUGGUUGAGAUCAUUGAGCAUGGUCUGGUGGAUGAGCAGCAGAAGGUGAGGACCAUCAGCGCCCUGGCCAUUGCCGCUCUUGCUGAAGCUGCUACACCCUAUGGUAUCGAAUCAUUUGACUCUGUGCUCAAGCCUCUCUGGAAGGGUAUCAGGCAGCACAGAGGAAAAGGUUUGGCUGCCUUCCUCAAAGCUAUUGGCUACCUAAUCCCUCUGAUGGAUGCUGAGUACGCUAACUACUACACCCGAGAGGUGAUGCUAAUCCUUAUCCGAGAGUUCCAAUCCCCUGAUGAAGAGAUGAAAAAAAUUGUUCUCAAGGUGGUUAAGCAGUGCUGUGGAACCGAUGGUGUGGAGGCCAACUAUAUCAAGACUGAGAUCCUGCCCCCCUUCUUCAAGCACUUCUGGCAGCACAGGAUGGCUUUGGACCGACGUAACUAUAGACAGUUAGUGGACACAACAGUAGAGCUGGCCAACAAGGUAGGAGCCGCAGAAAUCAUCUCUCGCAUCGUUGAUGACUUGAAAGACGAGGCAGAGCAGUACCGUAAAAUGGUGAUGGAGACCAUUGAGAAAAUAAUGGGCAACCUGGGCGCGGCCGAUAUUGACCACAAACUGGAGGAGCAGUUGAUUGACGGCAUCCUUUAUGCCUUCCAGGAGCAGACCACAGAGGAUUCUGUGAUGCUGAAUGGCUUUGGCACGGUGGUGAACGCCCUCGGGAAGCGCGUUAAGCCCUACUUGCCUCAGAUCUGUGGUACUGUGCUGUGGCGUCUCAACAACAAGUCGGCCAAAGUGCGUCAGCAGGCUGCCGACCUCAUCUCCCGUACUGCCGUGGUCAUGAAGACCUGUCAGGAGGAGAAGCUGAUGGGUCACUUGGGUGUGGUGCUGUACGAAUACCUAGGAGAAGAAUACCCUGAAGUGUUGGGCAGCAUCCUGGGAGCACUGAAGGCCAUUGUAAAUGUUAUUGGUAUGCACAAGAUGACUCCCCCCAUCAAAGAUUUGCUCCCUCGAUUGACUCCCAUCUUAAAGAAUAGACACGAGAAAGUGCAGGAGAAUUGCAUCGAUCUGGUGGGCAGGAUAGCAGACAGGGGUGCUGAGUAUGUGUCAGCUAGAGAGUGGAUGAGGAUUUGUUUUGAGUUGCUGGAACUUCUCAAGGCGCACAAAAAGGCCAUCCGCAGAGCCACUGUCAACACAUUUGGCUACAUCGCCAAGGCAAUUGGCCCACAUGAUGUCUUGGCUACCUUGCUCAACAAUUUGAAGGUGCAGGAGCGCCAGAACCGUGUCUGCACCACUGUGGCCAUCGCUAUUGUGGCCGAGACUUGUUCACCGUUUACUGUCCUGCCUGCGCUCAUGAAUGAGUACCGCGUGCCUGAGCUCAACGUGCAGAAUGGUGUCCUCAAGUCACUGUCAUUCCUUUUUGAGUACAUUGGUGAGAUGGGCAAAGACUACAUCUAUGCAGUCACACCACUCCUGGAGGAUGCGCUGAUGGACAGAGAUCUAGUCCACAGGCAAACUGCCAGUGCCGUUGUCCAGCACAUGUCCCUGGGUGUUUACGGCUUUGGCUGUGAGGACUCCCUCAACCACUUGCUCAACUACGUCUGGCCCAACGUGUUUGAGACGUCACCUCAUGUCAUCCAGGCUGUGAUGGGCGCACUGGAGGGCCUGAGGGUUGCCAUCGGUCCUUGCCGCAUGCUCCAGUACUGCUUGCAGGGUCUGUUCCACCCAGCACGGAAGGUUCGUGACGUCUACUGGAAGAUUUACAAUUCUAUCUACAUUGGCUCACAAGAUGCACUCAUCGCCCACUAUCCUCAAGUGUACAAUGACGAGAAGAACAUGUACAUCCGCUACGAGUUGGACUAUGUCUUGUAAAUAUUCCCUCGUUUCCCAGGUUUUUUGUUGUUUUUACUGUCCGAAGUCUUUCACCCGCUGUUUUCCUUAAGGGUCCCACUUGCAAUGAAAACUGAGCAUUACCGUAGGUUAAAUACAGCAAAGAACAAUUAGUCUCUACGUGCUCCAAUAAACCCCUCCCCUUAUUCUUCUCCAGUGUUGAAAAGUUGAUUGAUCCUUGGAGUUGUUUUAAAUAUUUAGGUAUUUCAUAUGUAUUGAUAGACAUUCGGCUUGGCUGUUCCCUCUCCUUACCUUUUUCCAUUUCAGAUCUCUGUUCUUAUGAUUAGGUUGUUUUUAUUUAACCCAAUAAAAGGUUUGUGUACA